AUGUCAACCAUAUCCACCGAUACUGAAUGGGACAUGUACGACCCCCACAACGACGGACACCGACCCACACGAAGAGAGUUAGCAGAAAGCAUUUCCCGCUCCCGUAGUCGACGCAGCCAACUACGAACAGGACCAGCAACAAGCACUGGCCUAAAUCGCACAAUAUCCCGUCGAGACACCAUCCUCUCGCGAAUCCGGACCCGACCAAACAUCGCACCAUUUACGCACCCACUAGCACACCAACCCACAGCCGCAGAUGUCCUCGUCGACUUUGACGGCGAAGACGACCCCUACCGCCCCAUCAACUGGCCUACGAAAAAGAAAGUCCUGACAACACUCAUGUACGGUUUCACCACCAUGAGCGCAACCUGGGCUUCAUCCGCGUACUCUGCAGGCACCCGACAAAUAGCCGCAGAGUUUCAUGUAGGCAACCAAGUAGCCGUGCUGGGUACUACGAUUUUCCUAUUUGGAUUUGGUCUGGGCCCGCUGCUAUGGGCACCGUUGUCUGAAGUGUAUGGCCGGCGGAUCGCAGUGCUCACGCCAAUGUUCGUAGCUAUGUGUUUUAGCUUUGGCAGCGCGGUAGCAAAAGAUUUCCAGACGCUGAUGAUUACGCGGUUUUUUGGAGCGUUUUUUGCUAGCGCGCCCGUGACGAAUACGGGGGGUGUGCUGGGGGACUUGUAUAGUCCGGCGUGGCGGGCCAUGGCCAUGGCAGGGUAUGCGAUGGCAGUCGUCGGAGGCCCAUGUUUAGGUCCUAUUGUGUCUGCGGCAUUUGUGGCGGAUCCGUCACUGGGAUGGCGGUGGACGGAGUAUUUUACGGGGAUUCUGCAGGCGACGACGCUGGUCAUCGAUGUUGUAUUUAUCGAUGAAUGCUAUCCGCCCAAGUUGCUUGUGUACAAGGCGCGGCGCCUCCGACAUGAGACGGGGAACUGGGCGUUGCAUACCAAGUUCGAGGAAUGGGAUGUCAGUAUCAAGGAGCUUUCGAAGAAGUUCUUGCUUCGCCCAAUACAGCUGCUUACCACGCCGAUUUGCUUCCUCGUCGCGCUCUAUGCGAGCUUCUGCUACGGAAUCUUGUACAUGCAACUUGGCGGCAUCCCGAUCAUCUUUGGCGAAAUAAGGGGCUGGCCUGCAGUCAAUGCUACACUGCCUUUCCUAGGCAUCUUGGUCGGCGCAAUCAUCGGAUGCAGCAUCAACGCUUACAAUCAGAUUCUCUACAACAAAGUGUAUCAUGCGGCUGGCGACAGGGCCGUUCCUGAAGCCCGCUUGCCGCCCAUGAUGCUCGGUUCCGUCCUCUUUUCCGCAGGCCAAUUUAUCAUGGGAUGGACUGCGGACCCAAAGUUCCAUUGGAUCGCACCAGUCAUUGGCCUCGUGCUAAUGGGUACAGGUUUCUUUACCAUUUUCCAGGCUGCGCUCAACUACCUCGUCGAUACCUUCACGCUGUACGCAGCGAGCGCAGUGGCGGCAAACACAUUUCUGCGCAGUGUGUUCGCCGGUGCAUUUCCGCUAGUUGUUACGCCAUUGUACCACAAUCUUGGUGUUGGGCCAGCUAGUUCCAUCACGGGCGGGUUUGCAGCGCUUCUUAUUCCUGUGCCUUUUGUCUUCUAUGUAUUUGGCAAAAGGGUAAGGAGGGCGAGUAAGUGGAGCCGUGGGAGCGUGUUUGACUGA